AUGACCGCCGGGAGCUUCUUUCAGGCACUCCUGGCGCCCUGCCACAUCAUUUCCUACGCCACAUUGCUAGGAACCUCUCUCUUCCAGACGUUCGUCAACACCAAGAUAUGCUACAUGGAACUCCCGAGAUCCGCAUUCACAACUUUACAAAAGCGGCUUUUCCCAAUCUACUUUCGAUCUCAAUCGCUUUUGUUGAUUUUGACGGCCCUCACAUUUCCUCCGGGAGGUCCCGCCUCGCUACUAAGAGACAAGCGGGACUGGGUUCCUUUCGCCGUGGCCGGCGUCACGGCAGUACUGAACCUCUUACUCUACGGCCCGAGAACGAAACAGGCGAUGAUUGAUCGCAUUCAUCAAGAAACUCGUGACGCCAAGAAUCCCGGAGCCACCGAAGAGGAUAGCCCCGACAUGCAUGCUUGCAAGAGACGAUUCUCGCGAAACCAUGCAAUGAGCAUCCACCUCAAUUUGGUCACCAUUUUCGCUAUGGUCUGGUACGGCGUUAGACUUGCUUCUCGACUGGACAUCGAGAUGGAUUAA